CGAACCCAACAAAUGGUCGGUCCCUGCAUUUACCCUAAUUACUCGGUGAGUUGACUUCCCAAAUGGGAUCAAACUUUUAUAUUGGUAGCUUCCGAGUAUGCAAGACGCAGAUCUCUCGUUUGUUUUUACAGUCUAGGCUCUCUACCCGAAAAGCUUCUGGUGGAUAUAAACGCAGUUGUUCGUCCUUAGCUACUUACCACCACAGCGCUUCCAUGAACGUCAUCAAGAUGAAGAAACUCCUGUCUCUCCCUACCCUCCUCGCGACCAUCACAGUCCCAGUCCUAGCCCACUGGAAUUAUGACACCCUCAUCGUAAACGACACCCCCAUCGGCUCCCCCUACCAGUACAUCCGCCGCACCAACAACUCCAACAGCCCCCUCGUGCUCGUAAACUCAACCGACAUGCGGUGCAACUCUGGGGCCUCCUCGGGCAUCACCACAAACACAUCCACGUACCACGUCGCCGCGGGCUCCGAGGUCGGUUUCGGCAUAGCCUCUACCUUCGGUCACCCCGGCCCGCAACAAGUCUACCUUUCCCCCGUGCCCGCCGGCCUCACCGCAGCAGAUUACGAUGGCUCAGGUGAAUGGGUCAAGAUAUACGCCGCCACUACACAAGCAAAUACCACGCUGGGGCCGCAGGGCUUGGUCUGGGCUACGCAUAAUGUGCAUUCGUUCCGAUUUACGCUGCCGGCUGAGACGCCGGCCGGGGAAUAUUUGCUACGCGCAGAGGGUUUGGCGUUGCAUGCGGCCCAUAAGCUGGAUUGUGCGCAGUUUUAUGUUGGGUGUGCACAGAUUCGGGUCACCGGGGACGGGAAGGGAGUGUUGGGGCCGCUGGUAAGGAUUCCGGGGGUGUAUAAUGACACCGAACCUGGGGUGCUGAUUCCGGAGUUUUGGUCGUAUAUGACGAAUUAUACGCUGCCCGGGCCGGAGUUGUGGCCCGAAGGAAUGGAAGUGCAGCAUAUGGUGAAACAGUUGUCGAGUAAUCAGAAUAAGGGAUGAGGAGGAACCGAUGACGGUCAUGGGGACAUCAAUGAUGUAAAUGUGGCGAACUGCGAAAAGCUCUGAGCCGAAUGGUCUUGUUAUGAGAAACAAUUUCCAGUCUAGGAAAGGAAAACCAAACUGAUGUGAACCGGUGCAUUGGUACAGGAAGCGACCGCAGGUGCUGCAUUAGUCCUGAGAGCAAAUCGGCAAUACCUCUCUAUGGUACAAAGUCUUCGACAAAUCCGGUCUAACUUGAGUCCGAUAUGCUAGCUUUGUAGGACGAUGAAGUUGUGUGGUGAUCAUAGAGGUCCCUAAACUUAUG